GUUUUGUUCUCACUGGAGUUGGAGAGUGCAAUAAUCGAGUUAUACCCUAAGGAUGAGGCCCCAAGGACCUCCACUUCCUCCUGGAGGGCCUGGGCCUCCGGGCUUUCCCGGCCCACUAUCCGUACUUGGCAACUUCUUCAAUGGGCUAUGUAGUGCCAUAUCUUCUUGUUUCUACAUAGUUUGCUGUUGUUGCUUGCUACAAGAGUGUUUUGGUGGGCCAGCUGAAUCGCCACCUCCCCCGCAGACUCCGCUGCUAGCUCCGCCUCCACCUCCACCUCCCCCUCCACCGGCGCCACCUGUACCUACACCGCCACCACCCGGACCUCCUGGCCCUGAUUUUUCUCCUGCUCCUCCAAAUCCUUAUGGGCCUCCUGGUCCUUCAGGCCCAUAUGCUCCUCCCGGGCUUCCUGGUCCUAUUGGCCCACCUCCUUAUUAAGGAAGUAAUUUUUUGGCGGUCCAUCAUAACUUAUAACCAACAGCUCCUUGUCCAAAAAAAAAACGGCUCAAAGAAAGAAUAAAUAUAAAUGUUUCUACAUUUUAAAUAAUAAUAAUUUUAGACCAAAGAGCUUAAUGAUGUAACCAAAUUAUGGUGAUUACAUUGCCAUGAGAAAACCCCUAGUCUAAUGCUUGUUUUA